CUCACAGCACCUUUGGCUCAGCGGUCGGCGCAUCUCGCGGUCGGGAUGAUGGAGUCUCAGGCUGGAAGCAUCAAAUUGGUGGUGAAAGGCACCUUUCUGGACCUCACCGACUUGGACAUGGCCGAGAAGUUCCAGCAGCUACGCCGCGUCAAGUCCGAAUCGAUGCUUCACGUGCUUCUCGAAGCAGAAGUAUACACCCCGGGCAAGUACAGCGACGAGCAGGAGGAGAGUUGCAGAAGGUCCUCGAAGUCGAGCGUCAGCACCUGCGAAGAGACUCCGCGAGCGCCGAAGAAGCCUAAGCAGCCGGCUCCGCAGGAGUCCCAGCCUGGGCGCACCACGGUGAUGAUGAGGAAUUUGCCCAACAACUACACCAGGCAGAUGCUGCUAGAGCUGCUGGAUCGAUAUGGCUUCCAGGGGCGUUAUGACUUUGUUUAUCUGCCACAUGAUUUCGAGCGCAACGCCAACCUGGGCUAUGCCUUUGUGAACCUGACCAACACUGAUGCGGUCGCUGCUUUCUGGAAAGCCUUCGACGGUUUCGGACGGUGGAUGCUGCCGACCGCGAAGGUUUGUCAAGUGAGCUGGAGCGGCCCUCACCAGGGACUCCAGGCGCACAUCCAGCGGUAUCGAAACAGCCCGGUGAUGCACAAGAGCGUGCCUGAGGAGUACAAGCCGGUGGUCUUUAGGAACGGCCACCGGCAUCCCUUCCCGAGCCCAAACCGCAAGAUCAAGCCGCCUCCGCCCAAAGCCCCGGCGGCUCCCACCAGGUAGUUUUCCGAAGAUGAAAUCCCCCGGUGGACGGCACGCGACACCUCCUGGUGUCUAUGAGCUUGCGUGUGGCCGGCUCGGCCAGCGCAGGCCCUUUAUGUUGUACAGUACAGGUGCUCGAUUUUGUCUGGGAAGACAGACCUGACCAGCCAGUUGCUCCUCCAUUUUGAGGCUUUUCACUUUACCAUGGUGCAAAGCCCUGAAUUCGAUAGUUUAAACAAUAUAUGCAUGGCAGCAUGACAAGCAGGAUGUCAGCUAGUGUGCCAGGCGCUUCCUGCCGUUUGCUCUGAAUGAAGGUCCCA